UAUAAUCAUUGAAAAUUUGUUCACAUCACGAUGUCAUUGACGUUUCGUAUAUGUAAUCUGUUUAUUUAGAAAACGGAAUGUUGCUUCUACGAGAUUGUUAGAAGUACAAAAUUAGGAAAACAUGGCCUUAUUUCCUGCUUAUUCAAUUAAAACAGAUAAAUCUGUUGAAUCCAAUACGCCAGAAAAUCUUUUAGAAGGGGACAAAUCAACCACUUGGUUACAUAAUUACAGUUGUCUAGAACAAAUUUCCUCCAGCAAUUUUAUUGAUCUACAUUCAGAGUCUUCGGAUGAAGUUGCCAGCGAAGUUCCUUAUUCAGAUAAAAAACAGAUAUGGGAAAGAAAAAGUCACAAGUAUAUCAAAAAGAGGAAGAAAGAGAAAAGGAAACACAAGAUAAUAAAUAAACCAGAUUAUAAACAAGAAGUGGAAAAUGUAUAUUUUGAAGACAAAUAUAGAGAUAAGGGAAAUAAUACUGUAAAGACACUUUGUUCUAGGGUAAGACCCCGUUACAAUAUUCAGAGAAAAUCUCUUGGUUUUAUUUCAUACGAGCAACCAAAAAGAGUUCCUUACGAAAGGUACUAUGUCAACAAAAUAGAUCUUAUAGAGAAAACUAAGAGGAAAAGUAGCAUUAUCACAAAGGAAUCUACUACCAAUUCAUUUAAUGAAACUGAAUGCUCUUCUUCAUGGAAUAUUAACUUCGAAGAAUUACAGAGAAACAAAACUAAAGAGUUUAACGAGAAGUUAACCGAUGAUCCAAAUAAUAUUAAUCUGUGGCUUGAAUACAUUCAAUUUCAGGACACAUUGGGACAUUUCCAAAAAUAUCAAAGAAUAAAAGAUAGUCAUAGAGCAACAAUACUGAAAAAAUUAUCUAUAACUGAGAAAGCUAUAGAAAUAAAUGUAGAAUCCACUGAGUUAUUAAAAUUAAAAUUAUCUCUAAUGGGAGAGCUUUUACCAGCUGAUGAGUUUUCAAAGCAGCUUGAAACAUUAGUGAACAAAGACUCAGGAAACACAGUUUUAUGGCAAGAAUUCAUUAUGGCUACACAGGCUUCGGUAGCGAUGUGUACUGUACCGAAAGUUAUAGAUUUGUAUUUAAAGUGUUUUUGCAUUUUAAAACAAAAAGCUAGAACAAAUCCUCGAAUAUACGACGAACGAUUAUUACAAAUGCUGUUUUGGUGUCUAACGUUUCUAAGGCACACUGGACUCUGGGAGCAAAUGUGGGAAACAAUACGUUUAAAUCUUUGUUUGAAUCUUAACUUAAAUAAAGACAGCUUAUCCUUUAAAAAAACAAUAGAUGAAAAAAAAUUAAUUGGAAUGGAAGAAGUAAUACUAAUGUCAAGAUUACCGCUUAAUCAACUAUGGCAAAGAACAGAAUCUUUGAGAGAAAAUUGUCACUGGGUCAGUGUGAGCAGAGACGAAUUGGAGUUAACCGGUGAUUCUCGAAGAUUCGUCUUGCCAGAUGAUGUUGCAGACUUUGUGCAUCCUAUACUUUCACGGAAUUUGAAUUUUCAGAUGGCAAUGCACACACUCCUUCUACUUAAAGUACCGCUUCUACCUACUCGAGACUAUAUACUACAAAUGUUAUCCUUGAAUAAUUUUGAAUGGGGAACAGAAACUUCAGAAGUUUUACUUCCUUUUGCCUAUCCUGUAGUUGGUGAAAUGACUGGUAGUAGUCAAAGAAGAGAGUUGCUAAAUGGUAUACUUGAAGGGAGAUUAACGUCCGGCCCUCAAUACCUUAUGUUUCAUCCUGCACAAGAAUCGUACUUGGAUUUUAUACGAGAGACUUUUUCUACAAUCGCCGAAAAUUUGCCAACUGCGCAACGUACAAGUAUAUAUAUCUGGUGGUUAAGAUUUGAAAGAUUGCUUAUCUUUCUUCGUAAAGAAGACUCCUCAAAAUAUGAUAACAAGGGAAAAAAGUUAAAAGCAACAUUAAAGGAAUUCUUAAAAAGAGAGGAGAAUAGAAACAACUUGCAUUUUUAUAAAGAGUAUGCACUGAUAGAGAAGGAAAUGGGAAGAUUUGAUAGUUGCGUGAACAUUUUGGAAACGGCAAUUCAGUCUCAGUGUGCCUGUCCAUCUGCGAUACCUAAUUCCAACGAAAGGGCAGCACUUCUCAGUUUAUAUCGAGCCCUCAUUGAAGUUUUACUUAACGCUGAUACAUACGAAGAAACGCAUAAGGCACGAAUAUUGAACGCUUUUGAACAAAUGAUUGCUGGAGUAGGAGAAAAUCAAUUGCUUUAUGCAAAAGAAUAUUUAGCAAAUUGUGUGAAAAAUUUCUUGAGUGAAGUUCCUAUGGAUGAUGAAAACAACGUGUACUUCUUACCGAAUUUGAAAUGCGACACAAUCAUAUGCUAUGCAUAUCUGUUGUACACAGAAGAUUUCGAUAUUGCUAAGGCAAUGAAUAUAUUUGCAGAUUGUAUAAAUCAUUACAAAGAGUGUCGCUGUAUACAGGAAAUAUUAUACGAAAGUCAAAUUGCACUUUUACAGUUGCAUUUCAGACAAACUCAAGAAGUGAACAGUUUAAAAAAUUCAUUAAACGAAAUGUUAAAUUUAUAUCCAAGUAACUUUUUUGCUCUUUCGAUAUUGGCAUGCAUUGAGAGUGAGUCACCAAUUUGGAAGUUUAAUAGUCAGAUAACGAAACUUCACUUAUGGAGAGCAUUCGCCAUGGUUUUGGCAUGUCGUAAACGCAUUCAAUCGUUAAGCGAAUUUGAAGAUUCUGUCGCUAUGAACGCGGCAAUAAAUAAAUUGUUGCAUUUUCAUGAGACACUUGCACGUGUACCAACAACCAGGUGUUGCCCUUUGCUAUGGAGAUUAUACAUGCUUCUCCUCAGAGAUUGUAACUUAUGCGAGAAGAAAGGAGAAGAAGUGUAUCAUAAGAGCGUAAUGCAAUGCCCUUGGGUCAGAAGCAUGUAUAUUGAUGCAGCCGAAGUUGCGCCUCAACUACUCACGCAAAUUCAGGAUGUGAUACGUGAAAAGGAAUUAAGAAUGCAUGUUACGCCUGAAGAAUUGGACAUCUUGCGUGGUUAAUUUUAAUUGUUAUUUAUAUAUGUAUGUAAAUAGUAGUUUAGUAACUUUUUGUACUAACA